CACAAUAGAAAAAAAAUUGUGGAAUAGCUUUUUUCCAUAGUGAACAAGUGUGGCUCCAGAACACUAUGCCCCCGCGGCCCUUUAAGACACUGGUUCUGGGAGGCGCUUGAGUUCAGUUCAACACACCCGCCUGGCGCUUCGCUCGACGCCCAGGAAGAGAAACACCACAAGUUUAAAUAUGACGAUUCAUUUGUCGAAUUGACGUGUAUUCUGCUGUAUUUACGUUCCUGUAGCGGUAUUGAGGGUAAUAAUGCUGAAUGGUCGGACUAAUGAAGUUCAGUUUGGAUUUCUGCCGGUUACUGGGGCUUAGCGGCUCCAGUGACGAGAGGCCAGAGGAGAUGGACACUGGUGCCCUCCCCGAGCAGAAUGACCACACACUCUUACAGGUACAAGAACAGUGGGCUCUUUUUCCUGAAUUAGCCCAAGAUGAUGUCUUAAAUGGUGAGGAAGGUCUUAGUGAGGAGGAGAAGGCCAGACGGAAAGCAGAGAGACGCAAAGCCAAAAGGAAGCGCCAACGUCAGCGGAAGAAACUAGAACGGGGUAAAAAGGAUGAAAGUACUGAACAGGGGGAGGAGAAUGCUGGAGCUGAUUCUGAACUUGAUGAGUCUGAGGAGUCUGAGUCAGAGGAGGUGGAAUGUAUCGGCCUUUCAAAAGUGGAAGAGAAGCCAGUUGCUCCUCAAAGUAAAAGUCCUUUUGGACCUCCACUGGCGUCAGGGAACAAAAGCAACCAACAGCCGGCGGCUCGUGCUAGUGAGGAGGACCCAGGCUGGGAUGUGAACAGUGCUUUUGUUGCCAAUGCUGUCAGUCACAUUCGACCUAAAGCUAAAAGUAAAGGAGCACACAAGUCGAAAGAGAACAAGGAAAAUGAGAGCAGGACAGGAGAAGUCAUAGGUUUACCAGAUGCUAAAACUAAGAGAAGUGCCUUACUAGUAGAAAAAGGGAUUCGAUUUGUUCAGGAGGGUCAGUAUACACAAGCUGUUAGUCUGUUUACAGAGGCCAUCAGAUGUGAUCCGAAAGACUACAGGUUUUUUGGAAAUCGCUCGUACUGCUACUGUUGUCUGGAGCAGUAUCCUCUGGCCCUCGCAGAUGCUGAGAAGUCCAUCCAAAUGGCUCCUGAUUGGCCCAAAGGCUAUUACCGCAGAGGAAGUGCACUUAUGGGGCUUAAGAGUUACAGCGAAGCUGAGAAAGCUAUGGAACAGGUGCUAAAACUGGACCAAGACUGCGAAGAAGCGGUCAAUGACCUCUUGUACUGUAAAGUGCAACAAAUUUUGGAUCUUGGCUAUGAUGAGGAACAGAGUAUUCAAUUGCUGGAAAAAUACAACACUGUGCAGGCUGUUGUUGCAGCCAAGGCUUCAAAUCAGGACUGUGCUCUCCUCCAACCAGGUCCUUGCAAUUCCCUGUGGGUGGGCAACGUGACCACAGAACUGACAGAGAAACAUUUGUGGGACCUGUUCAAAAUUUAUGGAGAAAUUGACAGCAUUCGUGUUCUGCAUGAACGCUUCUGUGCGUUUGUUAACUUCAAGAAUGCCAACAUGGCCUCCCGUGCGAUGGAGAAACUCAAUGGACAUUUUAUUGAGAAUACCCGACUAGUGGUUCGAUAUCCAGAUCGACGGAUUCAGAGAGUCUUGCCGACACCUGCUAUUCAACAACCUGCAGGGACUUCUGGGCCAAGACGCAGAGGUCCUGUCAAUGGAGAUGAGUGUUACUUCUGGAGGACCACCGGAUGUCAUUUUGGAGAUCGAUGUCGCUAUAAGCACAUUCCCGAUCAUCGAGGCAAAGACUGGCAACCUUGAGCCAACUCUUGCCUCUCUUUUCCUCUCCCCUAAGAACUCUGGGAGACGACUGCAUGACUUUAGGGACUGUAAUCUUCACUUUGAUUAUCUGUAGGUCAGGACCAGUAUUGUGGAUCAGAGUCUUAUGAUGGCUCUCUUGAGUGCUUCACUGUCAGACUCCGAACCUCACAGGGUUUCAAAGCAGACGGGACUCUGGGAAAAGUGUCUCUUUUGAGGUGAGGUUUGGGUGGUGCACCAUUUCGCCGUCUGCUGAGGUUUACACAGCCUCUCAUAUUGUAUGCUCCCUUCUCUCUUCCCGUGCCAACUCCACCAACCCAAAGAAGAGCAGUAGAUCUGGGCUGACAUUUGAGUUCAUUCCGAGAAAAUGAUUUUGAUUCUGUAUUUGAGGAUGGGAGAAUCGUACCAAAGAAUAAUACUAUGCCAUAUGUGGAUUUUGCGUGGAGAGAGAAAAAGGCUUUCAGGGAAAAUUAGCUUAUUAGUUUUACUUGUGUGUUUUGAUUCGUUUCCACCGCCUCAGAAACACUCCAACUCUUUAUUCAUCCAUAUUCUUAAGUGGACUUUUCCCGCUAAUUCUCUCAAAAGGCCCUGAAUUGAAGAGAUUUGAGGGCAUGUCAGUAUUGCAAAGGGUUAGAGCAAUUAUUUGAAUCUUGAAGAAAUUACGUCUCUUGAUUAGGGGUGCACGAUAAAUAUCGGCCAAUAAUUAAUGCGCAUCUCGUCAGUAAAGCCGGUUCUCUAAUCAGCGGUAAAUUCCAUCAGGUGCGUGAUUUCACAGAGCAGCUGUUACUACACAGAGCCGUUGUUAACUGACAAGCUGCGCAAAAACUACUGACGAGAUGCGCAUUAGUUAUUGGCCGAUAUUUAUCGUGCACCCCUACUCUUGAUAAAUGAUUUUAAAUUCUGCUUUUUUCUUGCAGUCUUGCACUUUACCAAAUCAGAUGAUCUAUGGGUUGUUCCUCAACGAAAAAUGUGGUCUUCUUCCCUCAAGACGACUAGAUGUUUGGUCAGAACCAUGUUGCUAAAAGGUAUCGAUGAUCUGUGAUCAUUGGUGGUAUUUUUUUCAUGGUAUUUUCCAAUUGGCAUGUCAUUGCCAUUUAGACAUUAUUUACGCAAACGCAGGUUUUGGUUAUAGAUCAUGUAAUGCUGCUCCAUGAAAUGCAUGAAAAUGUUGUGGUUUUCUUAUGCAAGAGUUCUGAGACACAGGAAACUCUUGCUUUGGCACUUUUCAUACCAUCAGCGCAAAGUUGAUCAGGUGGUUUUCAUCAUUUCCUCUUUUUUUUUUUUUUACCUUCUUUCUGUGCGUUUAGUGGAUGAGAAGGAAGUUGGCUAUUUGAGAUCAAAUGUCUUCCACCAACUUGCACAUUCAUGCACAUUUCUGUAGUUAUUAUUAGUAUGAUAAUGAUUUCAUUAAGCAAUAUUCUUGUUUCAAUGCAUUUGAACACCCUCAUAACCUUGUACUUUUCUGACACACUUAACCAAAGAAACACUAAUGUUUACCUAGUUUACCACAGACCAACGCAUUGCUAUUUUUGUACGAUACACUAUUUACGACGUGUAAGUUAAAUACUUUUCCUCAGUUUUUAGAUAUGAGUGCAUGGGUUUUUAUGCAGGCUGUAGUCACACUAGUGCUUUUAGUUCACUUGUGCUUCUUUUGACUCUGUGACAGUCCAGAGUGCCUUUUAAAAUUUUGCUUUCCUAUCAGAUGAGUUAUUUUAGCAUUCAUAUUUAAGCUGAGGUCCCCCGUGAACAACGGGGAAGUGACUUUUACAUUAGGCUGCGAAUGAAAUAAUACCGAAAAUUAAUGUGUGUUCAGAGAAAUGUCAGUUUUGUUGGUUUGGGACUGAGGCAUACACCUGUGGUUCUCAUCAUUUUAAUUUUUUUUGGCAAUAAAUUAUUUUGAAGACUUAAUUUUUAUUUUUAUUUUUUUUAUUUUUUGUAGUAUGAAAAUGGCAACAAUUUCUCACUGUUGUGCUGCUUAAAGAGCCCUUAAUAGAGUUCAGUCAUGCAUUAAAGGAUAUUUAUCACUCAAAAUGAA